AGCCCAUUAUAACUCGAUUGAAUACUGUUGUACAGUCAGUUCCGGCGGAAUUCUACUUACUUAUUUGAAUCAGCCAGAGAGCAGUUCUUCUUACUUGGUGCGCUCUUUAUAACCACUAGGAAUUGACGUUGCCCCGCUGGCGACAAGUGGUCGCAAUGGUUUACAUUAAGCAGAUAAAUAUCCAAGGCUUUAAAAGGUUUGUUUACAACUAUUCCAGAGGAUGAAACAUGUUAACAUUCAUGUAGCUACAAGGAUCAAACCCUCAUCGACGAAUUCUCACCAGGAACAAAUGUAAUCGUCGGUCGCAAUGGUUCUGGGAAGAGUAACUUUUUCGCGGCCAUUCGAUUCGUCCUCAGCGAUGCAUAUACUCAAAUGGGCCGGGAAGAGCGACAGGCUUUACUUCAUGAGGGCUCAGGAUCAGCGGUUAUGUCUGCAUAUGUUGAAAUUAUCUUCGACAAUUCUGAUGGACGAUUUCCUACCGGCAAAAACGAGCUCUACCUUCGACGAACGAUUGGACUGAAGAAAGAUGAAUAUUCUUUGGACAAGAAAAAUGCUACGAAAACCGAUGUUCUAAAUCUUCUAGAGACCGCAGGAUUUUCUCGGUCAAAUCCGUAUUACAUUGUGCCUCAAGGACGUGUUACAGCACUUACAAAUAUGAAAGAUGGCGAAAGAUUAAACUUGUUAAAGGAAGUAGCUGGAACGCAAGUCUAUGAGCAACGCCGUACCGAGUCCUUAAAGAUCAUGACAGAUACUAACAAUAAACGAGCCAAGAUUGAUGAGUUGUUAGACUACAUUAAGGAACGGUUGGCGGAACUAGAGGAGGAGAAGGAAGAAUUGAGAGGCUACCAAGAAAAAGACAAAGAUCGCCGAUGUUUACAAUACGCCUUCUUCCACCAGGAGCAGGUUGCAAUUGCCGAAAAGUUGGAGGAAAUUGAUGAGUUCAGACAAGGUGGUGGCGAUGGUGACGAGAACCGGGAUGCUUUCUUGAAGGGAGAAAAAGCCAUCGCCCAACUUGAUGCCCAGAUAAAACAAUUGAAUCGACAAAUAGAGCUUCUUGGUGUAGACAGACGACAAUUGGAGGAGGACAGACGAGACACCGCAAAGGCGAGAGCCAAGAUUGAAUUACACGUCAAAACUUUAACUGUCAAUCAAUCGUCCACAGAACAAGCACGGGUGAGGCAUCAGCAAGAAUUAAGUUCUGUUAAGAAGGAGAUAGCUUCAAAAGAAGCGGAACUUGCACAAUUACUUCCGGAAUUCGAAAGUCGUAAAGCUAGCGAAGGAGAAAUUAGACGGAGUCUCGAUGAAGCAGAAGCUGGCAGAAGCAGGCUGUACGCUAAGCAAGCUCGCAGCAACCAAUACAAGACCAAGGCUGAGCGUGACCAGUUUUUGAGAAAGGAAAUUGAAGAUCUCAACUCUUCGAUCGGAUCUCAGAAGGCAAAUCGAAUUGAUGGCGAUGAAGAGGUAAAGCAUGUGCAAUCUGAAAUUCGAAAUUUGGAAACAGAAAUAUCCGGCCUCCAGGAGCGAUUAGAUGGAUGGAGUGGCAAUAGGAUAGCCUUGGCUGAAGAGGUCUCGACCGCAAAAGAUGCCUUGGAAAAGUUGCAGGACGAGAGAAAAUUGCUGAGAAGAGAGGAUGAAAAGCUUCACUCGGUCAUAGAAGAUGCUCGUAAGGAGGUUAGUAUAGCUGAGUCGGAGUUGUCUAGAACUAUGGAUAGUGCUACAUCUCGUGGUUUAGCCACUGUCAGACGUCUCAAGCAACAGCAUAAGAUCCAAGGAGCAUACGGCACUCUAGCAGAACUCCUCGAAGUUGAAGAACUUUAUCGAGUAGCAGUGGAACAAACAGCAGGCAGUAGUCUUUUUAACUAUGUGGUCGAUAACGAAGAAACUGCAACGCAGCUUAUUAAUGCCUUGAAUGCUGAUAAGGGCGGAAGGGUUACAUUUGUACCUCUGAGUCAACUCAGAACGAAACCAGCCACCUUACCAAAUGCAUCCGACGCUAUACCGAUGUUAAGCAAGAUUCGGUACGACAAAAAGUAUCAGCCAGCCUUCGAGCAAGUUUUUGGUAAAACCAUUGUUUGCCCUAACCUCACAAUUGCUGCUCAGUAUGCAAGAAGUCAUGGGUGUAAUGCCAUUACUCCAGAUGGUGAUACGACUAACAAGAAAGGAGCUUUAACUGGUGGCUAUCUUAAUCCAAAGGAAUCAAGACUUCAAGCAGUCCGUGCGCUGAACAAAUGGAGGGAUGAGUACGAAACUUUAAGGGUGCGCCAGGACGAGAUUAGAAAGGAAUUAGAGCAAAAAGAUCAAGAAAUUACAGCCGCAUUUACGGAGGAACAAAAGGCUAGUCAGAAGAUGAACCAAUUUGUUGACAGCCUAGAUCCACUGAAAUCAGGAUUGAGAUCAAGACAGUCGCAUCUCGAAAGGCAAAAGGCACAACUUGAAAAACUUCUCCAAAAUCAAGCAGAUGUUAUCAAAUUGUUGCAGGAACAUAAUCGAAAAAUAUCCGAUUAUGAGGCAGAAAUCGCGUCCGACUUCAAAAAAGCCUUGACGGCUAAUGAGGAACGACAACUCGAGCAACUCAAUGCUUCCGUCCAGGAUCUACAAAAACAGUGGAAUGAACAUAGCAGAAAUCGAAGAGAACUUGAGAGUCGCAAACAGUUGAUCGAGGUUGACCUCCGUGAAAAUCUUAGACUUAAGCUUGAUCAAUUGAACAAUCAAGAAAUGGAUCUUGCUUCUGGAAGUGGUACUGGUAACUUGAAGGAAUCUCAACGAGAAUUAAAGCGUAUCAUCAAGGCAUCGGCUGUUGUGGAGACAAAGCUUCAGGAAAACGAAAACUCGCAGGAAGAAGCUGAAUCAAAGAUCAUCAAUCUUCAGCAAGAGAAGAGUCAAAAAGAGGACGAACAACAGAAGAUUGCCGUAUUGAUUGAGAAGCACCAGAAGAAGAUGGAAAGGAGCAUUGCUCGAAAGGCCAUACUUACUACCAGUGCUUCAGAUUGCGCCAAAAAUAUUCGUGAUUUGGGUGUUUUGCCCGAUGAAGCAUUUGAAAAGUACAAGGAUUAUGACCCAAAAGCUGUAAGCAAAUGGCCUGGUCCUACUUAUACCAUAUAUACUGACAUUGUUAGAUUCAAUCGCGCCUCAAGAAAGUUCAGGAAGCUCUCAAGAAAUAUAAGCAUGUAAAUAAGAAGGCUUUUGAACAGUACAAUCAAUUCACAACUCAGCGAGAUAGCUUGACCAAGCGUAGGAAGGAACUGGAUGAUUCCCAGGCAUCGAUUCAAGAACUCGUUGAAGUCCUCGAUCAGCGUAAGGAUGAAGCCAUCGAGCGAACGUUCAAGCAAGUCUCCAAGGAAUUUGCCCAGAUUUUCGAACGUCUUGUCCCAGCUGGUCGUGGUCGGCUCGUCAUUCAACGUAAAGCGGAUCGACGUGCCAGAGAGGAAGAAGAUUCGGACGAGGAAGCACGUGAUAGUGUUGAGAAUUAUGUUGGAGUUGGAAUCAGUGUCAGCUUCAAUAGUAAACAUGAUGAUCAGCAACGUAUCCAACAAUUAUCUGGUGGACAAAAGAGUAAGUCAUUUCGACCUCUAAAAGCUCUUCGUCCAGUAUACUAAUAUGCCUCUGCAGGUCUUUGCGCCCUUGCCCUCGUUUUUGCGAUCCAGCAGUGUGACCCGGCUCCUUUUUACCUCUUCGAUGAAAUUGAUGCCAAUCUUGAUGCUCAAUAUCGUACUGCUGUUGCCCAAAUGCUCAAGGAAAUUUCUGCCAAGCAGUCACAAGUUUCUCAAUCGCAGGACAAUUCAGAUGAGGAAUCCGACAACGAUGAAGAUGCUGAGGGUGGUUCCAAGAAACAAAAAGUCAUGGGUGGACAAUUUAUUUGCACAACUUUCAGACCGGAGAUGGUAUUGGUGGCUAAUAAAUGUUAUGGUGUCACUUUCCAUAAUAAGACGAGUAAUAUUGGUGUUGUCGGGAAGGAGGAUGCGUUAAGCUUCGUUGAUGGAGAGGCUCCAAAGUAGGUGUGUUCAGAGGAGAACUAUUGUUUCUGAUGUGUGUAAUGGGACGUUAUGCCACGGCGUCGCUUUGUCCGUGAUAGCUUCCCCAAACGUGUAAUUUAUUGUCUUUAGCUCUUGUUUAACUCGCUUUAUUGGGAGAGGGCGUGGAUACCUUGUGGCGAGCGGAGAUUUCGCGUUAGGAAAUACUUAACGUCUUGCUAGUACUGAGACGAAGUCAUGUAUUUUGAAUUUUCAUAAAGGAAU